UUCUCUUCAUCAGAUUAAAAAAAGAGCGGAAAAAAAUUCGGAAAAAGGGGGGAAAAGAACUCGGGCGAAAGCGAUGCACAGUUGGACGCAGCGCCUGCUGGCCGCGGCAACAACGGCCGUCGUCCUCCUCGCCGCCGUCUGCGCAGCCGCCUCCGCGCUCGACGCCUUCCACGUCCCCGCCGUCCAAGCCCAAGCCCAUGUUACAAAGAUUAACCGGUUCCACAAACAGAUCAAUGGAAACAACAAGGUGACACUGACCUUCAAUUUAUCUGCAAAUUUGGAGUCAGUAUUCACUUGGAACACAAAACAGGUCUUUGUCUUUCUGACAGCUGAGUAUGAAAACGCGAAAAAUUCACUGAAUCAGAUUUCGUUAUGGGACUAUAUUAUACCAGACAAGGAACAUGCAAAUCUGCAGGUAGUGGCGAAGAGCAAGUAUCCUCUGAUCGACCAGGGAAGCAGUCUGCGCGGGAAGAAAGUCCAGUUUGUUCUCCACUGGUACGUUAUGCCCAAUGCCGGCGCCAUGAUCCAAGAUCGGAUGGCGCUCUCGGAGUUCAAGCUGCCUGACGCCUAUACCUCUUGAAAGAAAAGGUCACUGAUCUGGGAAGAAUCCUCUAAUGAACAUCCUCCUAAUCUGCAUCCGCAGUUGGCUGCCAAACGAACGUAUAUCUGAUUCAUAGUAAGCGCUGACUGUUGGGUUUGAACUAUUUUGGACAUAUUGGAUCAAAGGAUAUCGCUUAUGUUUUAUUCAUUCGUGCUCGAUCGAGCAGGGAUGCACACACACAUAUAUAGGUACAUAAAUGCG